AUGGAAUCAGAAUAUAGAUUACUUCUUAGUAAUUAUUCGAUUGCUUGCGAGCUUGAAGAAAAAUAUCUUGUAACUUUAUCUCAUCUUACCUUGGUGGAAAAAUAUGGCAUUCCCGUUAAAGAAACGAAAAAUGCAAUUGAAACUCAACUU